CGGCACACGGGAUGAGCAAAACGGUGGGAUAGACAGACAGCGCAGCCAGAAAGCCGCCGUCACUCGGAUAGAUCGCUGUCUAAGUGGCGGAGAUCGUCGCUCCGGUGAUCCAGUUCCAAAGAAAGGCAGGCUUGGCUGCGAUGGCGGCCGGAGGGAAGGCGGUGUACUCGUUCCAGGAGGUGAGCAAGCACAACGACCGGAAGGAUUGCUGGCUCAUCAUCGGCGGCAAGGUGUACGACGUGUCGCCGUUCAUGGAGGAGCAUCCCGGCGGCGACGAGGUCCUGCUGGCGUGCACCGGCAAGGACGCGACCGCGGAUUUCAACGACAUCGGGCACACGGCGACGGCGAAGGAGCUGAUGGCGCAGUACGUGAUCGGCGAGGUUGACGCCUCCACGCGGCCGCCCAAGCCGGCGUACCGCGUCCUCUCCGAGGACGCGCGCACCAAGCCGGACGCCGCGAGCGGGGGCGCCUGGCUCACGAUGCUGCAGCUCGCCGUGCCGGUCGCGCUGCUCGGGCUGGCCUUCGCGGCCCAGAACUUCGCCAAGACCAGCACGGAGUAAUUAGGGGGGGGGGGGGGG